AUGAGCAAAGAAUACGGAAUUGACAUUGACGAUGUUCAUAACGAUCCUAUUAUAGUGGAUAUUCAAGAUCGAAACAAACUCUAUAAAGCACUUGUUAAUGAUAACAAAGAGUUAUUUGAAUCAUUUAUGAGAAGAUAUUCGCCUGAAUUGAAUGAAUUAGCAAGAAGCCCCUUCUAUCCGGACUUAAAAGAAGGUUAUUUCAUUAGAUUAAAACCUUAUUCGUUACUUGAAUUAUGCUGCUAUCACGGAGCAGUUAAUUGUUUUAAAGCUUGCUAUGAAAAAUUCGAUAGAUGUAUCACUUCACAAUGCCUUCAUUUUUCAUUUUUGAGCAAAAAUAAAUACAUUAUGAAUGAAUGUUCAAAAAAAGUGAAACCAGAUGCAGAAUGCAUGAAAUUCGCAAUUAUUUCACAUGAUAUAGAUCUUGUUGCAUUUUUGAUGAAUGAAUAUCACAUAGAUAUUAAUUUAAUGGAUUGCGGUGAAUAUCAAAACCUUCAAGCCUUUAUUUUAUAUUUUGAUCGAACAAAAGAUAUUAAUAAUUGUUUCAUCUACUCACCUUGCUUCUUUAUCAAAUCUAUCUGCGGAUAUUUUCUUUCUCAUGGAGCAAAUAUCAAAGAAACUAAUCAGAAUUACAAAAAAAUUACUGCACUUCAUGUGGCUGCAAUUUUUAAUAAUUAUGAAAUUGCUGAUUUUCUUAUUUCAAAUAAAGCUGAUGUCAAUGCAAAAGAUUUUCAUUGGAGCACACCUCUUCAUUAUGCUGCAUCAAACAAUAGUAAUGAAACAAUAAAGAUACUCAUUUCAAAUGGUGCCAAAGCUGAUGAAAUGGAUUCGAAACAAUUGACACCGAUUGACUGGGCCCUUCGUAAUAUUCGAAAUAAUUUAUCUCGAAAUUCUCAAAAUGAAAAUCGAAAUUAUCAAUAUCAAAAUUGA